GAUUGAGUGAGAUGUUGAAAACGUGUGAUCGCUUCUGGGCGGCUGUGUGACGGCCGUCCUGCGUGGCCACGCAGUUUGCCGCGUACCAGAUAAAAGUGUGUGGCAGCAAACACCAACGGAAACUUUAGUCUUUAUCAGAUUAUCGGUGGAAUAAUGGAUGUACGAACCAUCUGACUAAACAGAUAGUGGCGGGGGGAGUGCAAUUGUUAUGAACCUUGUGCAAGUCAGUAGAGCUUCCGCAGGACUGUGAUGGAGAGUACCGAGGCCUCGAGUGUCACCAUCAAGGGUGGUGACAUCAUCCAGUUUCAGAGUUUACUUAGUGAGUCUGACGUGAGCGAAGAAAUAAUAGCAGGGGGCGACGACGUUCCCAUUCCGGAGGAAACUAAGGCCGAGGAAAGUGUUGGCAGUGACGCCCCCUUAGCGGGGCAGGAGUUCAGCCAAGAGUUGCCCAGCCCGCCGCCGCCAGCGGGUCUUUACCAGGCUCCAUCCCCCCCCAACUGCGAGGUGACGCCCCAGGCUGACACCUCCAUCCUGGGGUCUGGAGACAUGCCCCAGACGAGUCCACUGGGCUUCUCACUACAUAGUAAGGUGCGAGCCCUGUACGACUUUGAUGCUCAGCCUGGGACUGGAGAACUUAGCAUCAAGGAGGGAGAGAUCCUGACUGUUGCCCGGCAGGAUGUAGGUGAAGGAUGGUGGGAAGGAACAAAUUCGCAAGGACAGGCUGGCCUUUUCCCUGCAGCCUAUGUCGAGGUACAGGAAUCAUCUGCUCCCCCACCAAGCAUGCCCCCUCCCCCUCUUCCCUCUGAGUAUGCAAACUUCAGCAACGACAACUGGGCAGAGCAAAGAACUAGUGUAGACUGGGGAAACCAAAACAACACUGCAAGCAACACAGAAACACAGAAGCGGCCAGUUUCACAGCAGAUGAGCUAUGACAAUGAUGAUUGGGAUGACGAUUGGGAUGAUGAUGACUCUGAGCCUGGUUCAAGUUACCCCAAUGGACCGGGCAACUUUGGCUUUUCAGCACCAAAUCGUUCCCACAAGCCUGCCAGUAGUGUCAGCGAUGUCAGCACUGCAGGUCGGGACGGCAGAGGGACUGUUAGGAAGAGCUUCAACCGCUUCUCAAACUUAGCGAAGAGCGGUGUUGAAGACUUCCUUGUUGGAGCUGGAAAGUCUCAAGUUGAUGAAAAAGAGAAGGUGUUUGUAGAUGACUAUGGCAAUGGUCCAGUGUGGAGACCAAACCAGCAUGAGUUCACCUGUGCCAUUUCAUCUCCAAAAAAGGAGUCCAAGUUCCAUGGCAUGAAGAGCUUUAUUGCCUAUACACUGAUGCCAUCUUUCUCAUCAACGGCUGUCUCCAGAAGAUACAAGCACUUUGACUGGAUCCAGGGCCGGCUGAGCGAGAAGUUCCCUCUCAUACCCAUACCACCGCUGCCAGAGAAGCAGAUUUCAGGUCGAUUUGAAGAAGACUUGAUAGAGUACAGAAUGACAAUGCUCCAGUCAUGGGUGGAUCGCAUAUGUCGCCAUCCUGUGCUGGCCCAGUGUGAGGUUUUCCACCACUUUGUGACUUGUCCAAACGAUGAGAAACUCUGGAAGUCUGGGAAGCGCAAAGCUGAGAGUGACAAGCUGGUGGGGGCCAAUUUCUACCAAGCCAUUGAGAGGCCUGACACUGCACUGGAGCUCAUUCAGACGGAGGCAAAGCUGGAUGGCUACAGUCGAUUCUUCUCUAACCUUGAUGAGGCCGUCAAGCUGCUCCAGAACACCUGCAUCGACCAGACCAAGAAGCACCAGACUGCCUUCAAGCGUGAAUACAACAAGAUUUCUCACUCUUUCUCUAAGCUGAGCAGAGCCUUUGACACUGACCCUUCCAACUGUGCCCCGGGGCUGACUGAGGCUAUUCAUCACGUCAGUGAGGCAUACUGUGACAUUGGUACGGUGUUUGAAGAGGAGCCCAAGCAUGACUGGGACCCAUUGUGUCACCUCCUCUUUGAAUACAAGGGCCUCAUAGAUGGCUUCCCCAGUGUCAUUUCAGCUACUAAGGGUGCCAUAGCAAAAAGAAGGCAAGUGGAGAAGGAGGCAAGUGAAGGCCGGCUGGAUGAUGACCAGGUGCCCCCGAUGGUGAGGAGGUCAGACACCAUUGCCUAUGCCCUCCAUGCUGAAGUGGCCCACUUCCACAGUGAACGACAGAGAGACUUUAAGAAGGCCAUGACAUCCUUCCUUACUGAACAAAUAAAUUUUUAUCAAAAGGUUACUGACCGACUACGAGAGAGUCUGGAAAAAUUUAAUGAUGUAUAGGUGAGUCCAAUUCUAAGCUCUCUUCCUGUUUGUUCCUGUUGUUUGUUGAAUGUUAUGGAAUGUGUGGAAGUACUCAUAGUGAUCUGUGAGGUGAUUUCACUGAAUGUAUGUAAUUUGCAAGGCCUUUCCAUUACUAUUGAUAUAUGUUUCAUUCAUAAACAUUGGGGAAACUUUUACCACUUUGCUGGAAGUCUUGUUGGAAUGCUGGUCUUGCUCAGUAUGGUGUAGCCAAGUGAAGGUUGAACAUACAAAGGUGUAUAUAACAUUUUUCAAUGAGGCUUAUGAUGAGUAAAGGUGUUAGUUUGACAUAUUGAAAUUUAACCAUGGCAGACACUAAAAAGCUGCGUUGUGUUUAGAUUUGUCUAAGUAGACAGCCUAUUCUGAAGCAGCAGCUGUCUCCUGACCCUCUCAUGCUGUACCUCAAAUACUAUGCAAGGAAAUAUUUCCCAACACAUGCACUGUUUCAAGGGAUUAUGGCAUGGGCAUAAUAAUUGCCAAUAGGUGUCACCAUUUCUCUUUUUUAAAUUUUGUUCUUAUGCACUCAUUUUUCUGAUAAGGGGGUGUACAUCUGCACACUUCCUGGGUGUUCAGCAUUUUGAAAAUUGUGUGAGGAUAGUGUGUUUGGUGGACAUGUACUCAGAAUGAGAGAAGUUAAGAGUCAAGGCGAGUGAGAUUUGUGUUCAGAUUUGCAUAUGGUCAGGUAACCCUUGUCAAUUGCCAUCUUAAGCCUGGCCACCACUUUGAUGUUCUCCUCGUGCUGGAAGAAUAUACACACCUUCCUACGCAGGUGGUUAAGGCAGCAGCGGGCAGAGUAGGAGCGUAAGGACAGGCCCCCCUUGGUGGGCGCUGAGGAGAUGCCCUUUCUCUUGAUGACCUCGGAUCAUAGUCUCCCAAAGUUGAAUUCCUUGACCUUGGAAGCUACAUCUUCAUCCUCUGUCAGGGUCAGGAUAAAGUUGAGUCACUUGGUGAAGCCAGUGAUGUGCUUCUCCAUCCAUUGGUCAUCAUAGAGCAUGUUCUUAGUAGCAAAUGGAUUCCGGUGAUGGGCAAUACUCAUCUUGGUGGCCUUGAUGAGGGUGAGGUGGGCAAGGGGAUGAGUGGAGGAGGCUAACUGUGAGAGAGCUUGGGUGAUGGUGCUCCUAUGCAUAUAUAUAUAUA